UAUAAAGGUGCAGUGGAAUGGAACUUUACAGUCACUUCAGAAGUUAUUUUGCCGAAGAGAAGCAAGCUAAGUUGAUUUGUAGAUCAGUGUGAUAAUAAAAUUGUUGAGAGGAAAUUUUUGGAAACUAAAUCGAACAACGUAAAAAAUGAAGGUCGUUCUUGCCGCUUUUACUUUGAUUUUCUGCUAUGUCUACUCGGUGCAAACGGCUAGUGUCGGACACAUAGAUAGAGCUCCCGAAGGAAUUGCGAAUAACGAAUAUGUAGAAAACAAUGCAGGAUUGGAGCAAGACUUAGAAUUGGCUGAAACUGCGGGACGUGGUGGAUAUGGGGGAUAUGGUGGAUACGGUGGACGUGGUGGUUAUGGUGGCUACGGAGGAUAUGGUGGAUAUGGAGGUUACGGAGGAUAUGGAGGAUAUGGAGGAUAUGGCGGAGGUUAUGGAGGAUAUGGUGGAUAUGGUGGACAUCAUCAUCAUCAUGGAUCGGUGGCUGUAGUAAAAAUAAUACCAAAGAUACAUUAUUCAUUCGCGAGUGUUCACGAGAUAGAUCAAAAGUGUUUUUUCCUGUUGUUUAUAAAUAUUACAAAAAGCAUCAUAAUGAGGAAUUUUAUUUUUGUGGCCUGCGCUGUGGCUUUGUCAAAUGCGGCUGCAAUAAAUCCAGCAGUUGAGCACGUAGAAAAAGCCAAUCAAAAUGAAAAAGAUCUGGAUACAGCCGAAACGGCUCAAUACGGUGGAUUACUCGGUAACUUGGUUAACCAGUUUGCACAAGGGUUUGGUGGCUAUAAUGGUGGUGGCGGUCUUCCAAACGGCUACGGUGGAUACGGAAACCAAGGGUAUGGGCAACAAGAAUAUGGACAACAAGGAUUAAACGGAUAUGGUGGAUAUGGACAACAAGGCUUUGGACAAGAGGGUGUCGGACAGCAAGGCUAUGGACUACAAGGAUAUGGACAGCAAGGGUAUGGACAGCAAGGUUUUGGUCAACAAGGGUAUGGUGAACAAGGAUAUGGUCUUCAACAACAGAGUGAACAAAAUGGGUACGGACAGCAACAAGUGCAAGAUGGCGGUUAUGGUCAAAGUUUUGGGCAAGAAGUCACUCAGGAUAGUGGUAUUAAUGGCUACGGACGUCGCUAAAUAAUUAAUUAAACUAGCACCAGGCGGAAUGUGACGAAUAUACUUAAUUUCAGUUUUUUAUGGAACACAAAAUGUUAUUUUCGUUGUAAAUAUCGUCUAUAAUCAAAUUAAAUGGCGAAAAUAAACCAAGAAUCUUAA